UCAUUUACCGUAGCUUACGUCUAGGCGUGGUGAGGCUUCCCACAACAAGGUAUGUUGGGCUAUGGACACAACGGGCAUGAAAUAUCUUUAUCGCAACACUAGCGCUAAUCUUAAAGGCUGCAGUCAUCCUAUAGCCUGCCAGGCAAGCACUAGCCUAGAAACGCAUGUACAAGAUCAAAACAACAAUUUGCUAUUAAUAUCCACAGUAGGAGUCUUGCUAAAUGUCAAAGGUGACCUAUACAGUAAGGACUUUGGGGGUAUCAGAUAUCUUGGCUGCUGAAAUGUUUUGUACCUCUCAUUUCAUUUCAUAAAGAUCACAACCCCAAACUGGCAACUUUCAACUUUUGCAUCCUUAGCGUUCUGAGAGGUUAUUCAAGCAGUUGGGAACUGAUGUCAGUCAUGUGGUUUAUAUUGGGGUAGUAACAAACACUUUGAGCAGCAGUGCAAUCAAGACUGUUGCCAGUUGCAGAUGGUCUUGACUAAGGAACUCAAAAAUUUCAAUGAGAAUGAACAAGGUUGGGGUACGGCAGACAAAGAAAGCCUCUCCAGGGUCGAAUGAAGUUGGAAUGCAGUUCACCAGUGUAUCCAGACCCAAAGCAACAAUCCGUUUGAGGGAUCUCUAUGACCCUAAACCUGAACCAGUAAAACCACCAGUCAGAAUACGUCCUCCCAGUCCUAGGCCUCCUCCAUCUAGGGAGCCUGUUUUUGGGCGCAGUCUCUCUUGCAAUCCACCGACCAAGCCCAUCAUAAGAAGGCGAGCCCAGUCCUUGCCUUCAUCCACAGAGAGGAAGAAAAGUCCAAGAAACCUGCAGGUGCGCUUUGUGGACUCACUGGGCCUCGAACUGGAAGAUGUCAAAGUAUUUAAAGUCGGUGAGGACCCUUCAAUACCCCCUCAUGUCAUCUCUAGGCUGCUGAUGAGCUCGGAGGUGGCAUCAGGGAAGCCAGUAGAGUUGUCUCUGCCCUACUUCAAGCCCUGCUUUGCUGAAGACAUGGGAGCUCAGCCGGAUUUUCUGACGCGCCUAUCCAUUCAGCAAGUAUGUCUGGAGCAUGUCUUGUGCUCAGAGCAGGGAAUAACUGGUACCAUACAAGUCAUUAACUCAGCCUUUGAGAAAAAUGUCAUAGUGCAUUACUCCUUUACUAACUGGAGGAGCUGGGCUGACACCAAGGCAUGCUGGGUGUCGACCGUACAGCGUUUGGCCACUGAUGGGCCAGAAUCAGAUGUCUUCCGAUUUCGCCUUCCAGUUCCACCUUUUAUAUUGCAGCCUGGAGCAAUCCUGGAGUUCUCCAUCUGCUACCAAGUCAUGGGUUGUGAAUACUGGGACAAUAAUAAUGGGCGCAAUUACAUGCUGUCAUGCCAUAGCUACAAGUUGACAGUACCAAAAGAAUGUGAGAACAGUAUGGUGCAUUUCACAUGAAUGGCCACAGUUUUACCAACGCAUUUAUCUGAGGUUUGCUUGGAAUGGUGGGAAUACCUAUAACUUGUACUUGUACUACUCCAUGGGAGCUAGACUAAUGACUCAUUGAGGUUUGACUGAAAAGAUAAAUGUAAUAUAGAGCAAAAUGUUUUCAAUUAAUUUUGUGGUCCAUAAGUAGAAUCAAGACCCAUAUUUCUGUCUUGGUGGUGUGUGUGUAUUUGACAUAGCAUCAACCACCUGUCUAAGGGUACUACUAAUGAGUUUGCUCAUUUAUCACUUCUGCAAGGCCUGUAACCCAAUUCCAUGGUAGGCUGCAUGUCCUCAAAGUAACUGUUUGGAACUAUGACACAGCUGCAGUAGACAGUAGUUUGUGGUGAAUGUACAAGGGCUGCAAGCUUAAGAUAGUAGUCUUUACAAUUGAUUCAAUGUUAUGGGAACAUACUUACAGUGUACACUAUAAUGCCAUAAAAUAUUUACAAACAAAAUCAACAGACUGAUCUUCAAGAUUGACACGGUUUGUAUACAUGGUAUAAAGUAAUGGAUUUUUUGUGUAAUUGUUAAGAUUAUGCUCUGGGUAAGAGCGUCUGCUAAAUGACUAAAUGUAAGAUGUGGAUAGAACAUUGGGUUAAGAGUAAUCAACCUCAUACAAGUAUACUUGACCUUUCCCAACACUUAGGAGUUAGGAUUCUGGCAGUGCAAUGGAAUGGCAUCUUAGAAAUUCAUUCUUUCAUGUGCCUUUUUUAGUACAGCUGUACUAGAAGCACAUUGCAUGCUGCAAACAUGAGUUGUGUAAUAGAAACGCUGUGGAAAAUAAAAUGCACACUAAUACUUGCUGAA